CUCGCAUGCUCUGAAACACUCUCUCUCUUCAUUUCACGUGCCCUAAAACCCUGUGUUUGAAAGUGCCUGUAAACGGCCUCUGCUCUCUCUCCACCAUAUUUCUCUCUCUUAAAUUGAAAUUGAAGCAUUCUGCUUAAAAUGAGAAGAGCUUGAUUACCUCCUCUCUCUCUCAUCCUCUCUCUCUGGCUCUGUAGAGAGGCGGAGGCAUGUUGUUAAGGGCAGCUGGUCAUCGGUGGUUUUCCUCAUCAUCAGCAAUCGACUCUGUCUUACUCCGCUCUCUCAAAGACCAUUAUUUUGAGGUCUCCAAGAUGAAUCCACCCCCUAAAAUUAACCCUCCUUCUCCCUUCUCCAUCAUGAAAGGGGCUCUAGACAAUGAUGGCCCAGUUCUUCGAAGGUCUUACAGUGACAAUGAGGAUAUCCAGCUCUCUGUUAUGCGACUGGCCAACCUUCUCCCCUCUGAAGCCCAACACCAGCCGGAGCAAGGUGAAGAAAAUGGAGAUGAAGACAUAAAGCAGCUCCUCCUUCAUGCGCAUUUCACGAGAACUGAUCGCUCCAAUUCCCUCCAUUUUCUGUGUGCUCUUUACCCCGACGCCAUGGGGAUUCAAGCCGUUUCUAUCAGACCUAGAAACACCAACCGCUCCCCACCUAGCUUCAUUGGUGUCCCUUCUGAGUACCAGCCUGCAAGUUUCCUAGAUCUCGAUGCGAAACUACGGGAUGGCCUCUACGAAUACUUGGACGAGCGUGGCGUGAAUGAAAGCCUAUUUGCUUUCCUACAGGCCUGGCUUUACGUAAAAGAUCAUCGCCAUCUGAUGCGCUGGUUAAAAGCUGUUGGAACCUUCAUCACCAACCGAGACAUGGCUUGAGAUUAUAUUUAUUUUGCUUUGUCUCUCCUUCACUUUUACACAAUCGAAUGAUUUUGGCUUCUUUAGUUCCUUGUAAUUUUGUAGGCUGAAUCAAGACUUGUUUUUCAGAGCUA